AUGGAUACCGACGCCGAGAAGAACAUUGAGAUCUGGAAGGUUAAGAAGUUGAUCAAAGGGUUAGAACAAGCUCGAGGAAAUGGUACCUCUAUGAUCUCGUUGGUGAUGCCACCAGGAUCACAAGUUUCAUUAUUCCAAAAGAAGUUGACAGAAGAAUACGGUACUGCUUCCAACAUCAAAUCCCGUGUUAAUAGAUUGUCUGUGUUGUCCGCUAUUACAUCUACUCAACAGAAGCUUAAGUUGUAUAACAAUGUUCCUAGAAAUGGGUUGGUGAUUUACUGUGGUGAUGUGAUUACACCCGAAGGGAAGGAAAAGAAGUUAAACAUUGAUUUCGAACCUUUCAAGCCUAUAAACACCACUUUAUAUUUGUGUGACAACAAGUUUCAUGUCGAAGCAUUGACCGAGUUAUUGGAGAAUGACGAUAGAUUUGGGUUCAUUAUCAUGGAUGGUAAUGGAGCAUUAUUUGGUGCAGUUAGUGGUAACACAAGAGAGGUUCUUCAUAAGUUUACUGUUGAUUUGCCCAAGAAACAUGGUAGAGGUGGUCAAUCUGCGGUUCGUUUCUCCCGUUUAAGAGAAGAGAAGAGACACAAUUAUGUUCGUAAAGUUGCCGAAACAGCAGUUCAAUGUUUUGUCACUCAAGAUAAGGUUAACGUUAAGGGGAUAAUUCUUGCUGGUUCUGCUGAUUUCAAGAAUGAAUUGAACAAGUCUGAUUUGUUUGAUGGAAGAUUACAAGCCAAAAUCUUAAGUAUUGUAGAUAUUUCCUAUGGUGGAGAAAAUGGGUUCAAUCAAGCCAUCGAAUUAUCUACUGAAACUUUACUGAAUGUUAAGUUUGUUCAAGAAAAGAAGUUAUUGGAUCAAUAUUUCGAUGAGAUUGCUCAAGACACUGGAAGAUUCUGUUAUGGUAUUGAAGAUACUCUUAAAGCAUUGGAUUUAGGUGCUUGUGAAAUCGUUAUUGUCUAUGAAAAUUUGUCUACCAUUCGUUACACCUUAAAGGACAUUGAAGGGAACGAAGUCGUGGCCCAUGCAAACCCAGAUUUACCAGAUAAGUCAUGGCAAUUGGACAAAAAGACAGGAAUGGAAAUGGAAAUCGUUAAGGAAGAAGUGUUUUUGGAAUGGUUGGCUGAACAUUAUAAAGAAUUUGGUGCUACAUUAGAGUUUGUCACCGAUAAGUCCCAAGAAGGUGCUCAAUUUUGUCAAGGGUUUGGUGGUAUUGGUGCCUUGUUAAGAUACAAGGUUAACUUUGAACAAUUGGCUGAUGAAUCUGAUGAUGAUGAAUAUUAUUCUGAUGAUAGUGAUGAUUUCAUCUAA